GAUGCGUUCACAAGGUGUGUAUGCUAAUAAAUUUAAGAAUCAUGAGAAGAGGGUUUUAAUUAGUGACAUCCGGACUGUUUCGAAAUACAGUAACAGGUUAUUCAAGCCAGAUGAAACCAGCAGAAAGUUGGAGAAGCUGCAGAUGGGAGGAGCAACUCAUAUGUAAUUGGAUGAACUCAUAGUUCUGAAUAUAUAUAUGAACACCCGAUAGGAAAAUGCAGUCCAUUAUCGCACAUCAAUAUACUGAAUUUUGUGCUAUCGUAAAUUUGAGAUUUUGCAUCUACGAAGCCGUCCAGAAUGUCUGUCAGCGAUAUCUCUUUAGAAGACGCUAUCAGCUCAGGGAGUGAAUACCAAAUAGACACAGACCAAACUAGUACGACAGACUCUGCCAAAGGCAACCAGAAAUCCGGUCACCAAUCACGUCCGCGAGCGACAAGAAUGAAAAUCAGACAACAGCGAGCAGCGGUGCCGUUCACGUCUACUCCUACGGCAACGGCCUGUGCAAAUGCAGCAGCUUCAUUCCUGUUAUCAGACUGCGAAACUGAAGACGAUCAUCAGUUUAACCUUGACAAGAGAUGCUUUUCAGAGAAGCAACACACGGAAGAUAUUCUACAGAUAAUGGAACGGAGGAUGAAGCUGAUGGAGGACAAAAUGUGGAUUGCUAUUGGUGCCCUGAGACGAGAUGUCGCAAUGAGAGAUCGACAGAUUGCAGAUAUGCAAAACAACUGGAGAGACUGCAGAGGGAAGGGAUAG